AUGAGCGGCGUGGAACUCAUCGUGGGCGCCGUUCUCGGUUCAGUGCCUAUCGCCCUCGAGGCGUACGACAGGUCAGGGCGAUUAUUCGAAACGAUCUCGACAUUCCGGCAUUAUGCGAAAGAAGUCGACCUUCUGGACGCAAAGCUCAGUACUCAGCGCAUCAUAUACCGCAACAAUGCCAUCAAUCUGCUCACGGCGGUGACGCAAGAUCGCGACUCGGUCCAGGAGCUUUCGGACCAAGUCGAUAAUGUGUUGCAAGAGCUGUGCGGGCAAUUCGAAACAAUCCGGUGCGAAGUGGGCACCGUCAGUCAGAAGCUGAGUACGCCGGAGUGGUUCAAACAUGUCAGAUCCCGAAUCAAGCUCGGUCUCAGCAAGCCGCAGAUCGAAAAAGCCAUCAAAAGGUUGAGAGCGCUGAAUGGAGAUUUCGAAUCCAUUGCGAGUCAUAUCAUUGCUGGGCUUCGGCAGCUAUCCCUGGAUUCUCGAGGGGGGAAGCACGAUGCAUCGCACCAAUCGUUCAGCGGCAGGGACACCCUGCAGAAGUAUCGCCGGAUUCGAGGUGCUUCAAAAGCCAUACAUUCGACUCUGCAAGAGCGCUGGAUGUGCUCAUCACACCCUUCUCAUUCAUUUGCGCUGAACAUCGUCGGCCAUGAUACGGCUACUGGCGAAGGGAAGGGCAAAGCUCAUGCUUCUCACUAUGUGACGUGCGAACUUGCCACAGUUCCUGGUCAAUUCUUUUCACCCACCGAAGCGGAAUUACGACUUGAGAUUGAACAAGUUUGCGACUCGGAUGACGAGAACCAGAGUUUGCGGCAGCAAGGAGAUGUCCAGCGAGUCGCAGAGUUUCAGCAGCUGGCAAUUGCUCUUGAGACCAAUGUUGGUGAAUUCCGAACAGUCAAGUCGACGACGCCGAAAGCAGGGCUCGGGAGGCUGUUUCGGGGCAUCCCAACUUCGGACAAGCGGCUGCCGGGACCUGUCGAGGCCGCGGUGGCCCGUUCGUCUGACCUUCCACAGUCUGUGGCCGUCAGCGCAGUGGUUGAACCAAUGAGCACAGCUGCCGUGCCUUCACCGACUCCAAACCCACCAGCAGUCAUGGACUUUUGCCGGGAGUUGCGCAUUCUCACGUCGGACUGCAUACAGCGUUCGCUAGUGGCAACAUGGGAGCUCCCUCGCGCCCAAUGGUUCCAUAUUCCCGAAGCAGCAAUACAGACGCAGAACACAUCCCAGUCCAUCUCGGAUCUCAUCCAGUGGAUUGCUGAGAAACCUGUCGUGCGAUCCCUCUCUCGUCCGGCCUCGGUUGAAAUGGCCAGUCGGAUUGCUGAAGGUAUCAUGCAGUUCUACUCGACGCCCUGGCUCGUCGACUCGGAUCUGGGACAGAAUGUGCGAUACUUUAACUCAGCACCAGUACCUUCGGAUGCGGUCAAGCUGAAAGGUCCGUACUUUGCAGCAGAAUUUAGGGGUUCAAGAUCUGCAGAACAUCCGAGGGCUGGCCCGGCAACGUUAAAUGCUGAAGGCGAGCCGGGUGGCAUACGACAUGUCGCCGAAACAGCCCGGAACAAGCUUUUGUUCAGUUUCGGCAUCCUGCUGCUGGAGAUUGCUUACGGCCGACCAUGGGGCACCUUGAGGAAAAGCGUGACUGGUUCGGAAAUGCCGCCUAACGAGGCAAUCGCCGACUAUCGAGCCGCAGAGAAAUUGGCCCAUCUUUUGGUCAACCAGAUGGGCUCAAAUUUCCCCAGAAUUGUCAAGAAAUGUCUCGGUUGCGACUUUGGACUCGGCGAAACGGACCUUGAUAAUGAGGACCUGCAACGGCACUUUGUGAAGGAUAUUGUCGCGGGAUUAGAGCGACUGGAAUCUCACAUGCGGCAGAUGGACUUGGCUCUCGAGGACUAA